GUGAAGCAGGCUGGUGGCUGCUGCCUGCUUACGACGCACAUGUUAGAGGAAGCCGAGUAUCUCUCGAGCCACAUCGUCAUUCUUCGCAGAGGCGUGGUGGCUGCCGAGGGCUCCGUGCAGGCCCUGAAGAACGAGUGGGGCCAAGGAUACAUGCUGAGUGUUGACAGCGAGGAGUCGAAGGAGGAGGAGGCUCAGCAGUUUGUCUCUUCUUUACUGGAUGCGUCAGACCGGACGCCGGUGAAGUCCCAGAGGCAUGGGCAGGCAACAUACAAGUUCUCAAAAGACGAGGAGUCCCUUGGCCAUCUCAUCAUCGACAUCGCCCGCGGCAAG